GCUUGAAACUAGACAAUAAGUGAGUGAGACUGUCCGUACUGUGGUAAGACCUGCCGUUUUCCUCUCUUCUCACUUCGCUUCGUGGUGGUGCAGAUGAAGCCGCAAACCGCAUGCAGAGACACAUGCACGACGAUAAGGCGUCGGUUUGAGAUGCUUAUCGUAACUUCGAUUUCACGUCGAAAUUCCUAAUGGCAAAAGAAUCAGAUAACGUUGCAGAGUGCGCGCUACCAUGCAGGGACUUGCACAUUGCCUGUCGGAGCCACUGCGGUUAACAGCCCUCAUAUUGGGACGCACCAAAAACUCAGACCGAACUCCAGCGCCAAGUGUUUGUUCCCGAUUAUCGCCCAAAGUCUCACGAAGUCUUCGGCAAAACUAUUGCAACGGUCCGCAACCUGGCCCACCAUGUUCAGACUGGGCCCGAUUACCAAAUAGAAACGCAGCGACAGGCCCUUUGCAGCCGUUCCCACUCGUGCAAGAAUACUUGUCACGUAAUGACUCCCUUUGCCGAGUCAGAGGUGCCAACCAAGGGUCCAUCCAGUUAAAAUUGAUCUGUACUCCUACACUGGAGGUCUAUUCCUUGUCCCCUCGUUGGUCGAUUCCAAAUGCAGUGCCUUCAAGUUUGUUGAUGUUAAGAAUUAUUGGGGUAUCGACAACUCCCCAGAGCACGCCAGGAGUGCCCUGCAUGUUCGGAAGAAAUAGCCAUGAGACGAGCGAACGAUGAAACGAUGGAUGCUAGCUUGGUGUCUGUUGCUCCGGGAAUUUAUCGUCGCUCUUUUGUUCAAAGGUAAGCAAGCAAUCGGGUAGACGGCAUCAUUACUCCGUACAGCACAGCCAGGCUCUGUCGUGUCUA